AUGUUUGAUUAUACUUCAAAGCCAAGAGAAGAACGAGAUUUCAAAGAAAUAUAUCCUGAUUUCGAUGAGACUGAACAGCUACCUGUAUUCAUACUACACAACGAAGAUGAAGAACUACUAGAAGAUGAACCACAAGUCAACAACAAUAUCAAUAACAAUAGCCUAGUAAACAUUGGAGAAUUAAAGAAACCAACAUUCACUAGAUUAGAAAAUAUAGAACGUCCCAAUCAAAACAUAAAAUUCUUAAAAAGUCUAACAGAUUAUGGAUUCCAAGAACCUAAUAAAGUCAACACCAAACAUGUGUCAGAAACUUAUAUACGACCAUUUCAACUCCCACCAAAUUUCACAUCAUCAACUGAGCAAUCAAUAGAUACAAUUGAAAAACUAAUAGAAAGGAAAAAGAAUCUAGUUGAAUAUGAUAUGGAUGAACAAGAUUAUGUAUUCAUCAAACACAGAAAUUCAAACCCAGAAAAUGUCAUAAAAAUAGCUCCCGAAAUAUUUGAAAUCAUGAUGACAACCCUAGAAAAUGAAUGGAAUAAACUUGAACAUCAAAUGAAUUCAAUGAUCAGUAAUUCCGGAAGCCUUAACGAUACAACAGGGAAAUUACUCACCAUUGGCCACAAUAACGCCAAAUAUGGUAAUGAUGACGGAAUAGUGCCUGGAUCAAUGUAUGACCAAAAAUGUGCCGUCUGUAAUGACAGUGACUGUGACAAUUCCAACGCAAUCGUCUUCUGUGAUGGCUGUGACAUUGCCGUCCAUCAAGAAUGUUAUGGGGUGGCUUUCAUCCCAGAAGGACAAUGGCUAUGUCGGAAAUGUAUGAUUAAUAAAACCAGACCAACCGAAUGUGUAUUUUGUCCAAGUACAACCGGGGCCUUCAAACAAUUGGAUAAUAGUUUAUGGAGUCAUGUUGUUUGUGGAUUAUGGAUUAAUGAAUUAUAUUUUGCUAAUCCGAUAUAUAUGGAACCGAUUGAAGGUAUGGAUAAUAUCCCCAAAAGUAGAUGGAAAUUGACUUGUUAUAUAUGUAAACAAAGAGUAGGGGCUUGCAUUCAAUGUAGUAAUAGAAGUUGUUUCCUGGCAUAUCAUGUUACUUGUGCUAAAAGAGCAGGACUCUAUAUGGAAAUGAGUAAAGGUAUUAGAGGGGCUGUCAAUAAUAAAAUGACAUUGAAAUCAUAUUGCGAGAAACAUAGUCCAAGUACUUUUGAUGUGGAUGAGGUAUUUAGGGGUAUUGAAAGAACUAGGUUAUUUUUCAGGGAUACUAAAAUAUUAAAUGAAGAAAAUGCUAGGUUAAGUAUUAGUCAGAAGACAGCCAAUAAGUUGAAUAUAUUCAAAUGGAAAACCGAAACUGGAACGCCAAUUGCACCUAAAUUAUUUUCAGAUGUAUUAUUAGACAUAUUGCUACGUUUGAAAGUUCAGAACCAAACAACAAUCCCAGAAGAAACAAGUAGUCAAGUCCUUGGUCUUAAUCGUCUACCAAACAGAACAAAACAAGAGAUUAUACAAGAUUUACGAGGCAUUUGUGAUGAAGUAUGUCGAUAUUGGUGUCUCAAACGAGAACUCAAACGAGGUGCGCCAUUAAUUCGAAAGAAUAAUAAUCUAGCAGCUACAAGUUCUAUAUUAUAUGACGGAAAUUCGUUGGAGAAUGAAGGAGGAGAUGGAUAUCAAGAUGAAAAUAAACUCAAAGAAAAGAUCAAUUUCGCCAAUAGUUUAAUUAAAGAUUUGGAAAAGUUGUCUGAUAUGAGUCAGAAUUUAUUACAGCGACAGUUAUUGGAAGAUGAAUUAGAUUUGACGGCAUUUAAUAGUAUUGACACGGUUUAUUUCCCCAUUAAGACAAUUAUUGAAAUCACAUUUGAUCAAAUUAACAAAAGGAUUGAUGCAAAUGAAUUCUUUUAUAGUUAUAAACCCAGAGACUUACCAAAUGCACUUUCAUUAAGAGAAAUUGCGGAGAAGAACUCUAAAUAUGGAUAUAACAACUUACCCGAAUUACUUCAAGAUGCCGAUCUUCUUAUAUCUUCUACCUUGAAAGAGAAUAAGCCAAGUACAAAUAUCCACAAAAAGAUGAAAGUCUGGGGACGAGAGUUUAAAAAACAAUUAACAGCAUUGCAGAACGUGGAAAGCAUCUGCCAAGAAUCUCAAGGAUUACUAACCCCUCCCCACAUAAUUGUAGACGGGACUCGUAUAUCUUUGAAACCAGUCGAUUUCCAACAAAUUGCACGGGAGAAUGACCUUAGUGAUGUUGAUGAUAUAGAAUUAGACGAUGAUAAGCAGUUGUUGCAGCGGUUUUUGGAUGAAUAG